GAUUUCCCACAACAGCCCAAAUGCGGAAGAUAUUUACCGAUGGACUCGCUUCCGUUACAGGAUAUUGCAGCAUGAAGAAGGAGCAAGUUGUAAACUGUCAGUUUUCGGUUUGGUAUCCGAUAUUCAAGCAACAUACAAUUAAAAGUCUGAUUCUUCCACUGCCUCAGAAUGUAAUCGACUAUUUACUGGACGAUGGCACACUGGUAGUCUCUGGGAGUGACCACAACACACAGCAGACGUACACUAACAACAGCGACUCUGAGGAAGAUAUUCAGUGGUCAGAUGAUGAGACAACAUCAACCGUCACAGCUCCUGAGUUCCCAGAAUUCACUUCUAUGGUGCUGGAGGCCAUAAACGCCCUGGGUGGACGUGUCUUUCCCAAACUCAACUGGAGCGCUCCUCGGGACGCUAACUGGAUCGCUCUCAACAGUUCCUUGCAGUGUGACAGCCUCAGCGAUAUAUUUCUGCUCUUCAAAAGUUCAGACUUCAUUACCCAUGACCUCACCAAGCCAUUCCUCCUAUGUAGUGACCAGGACUCCCCAGAUCCAGUUGUAAACUAUGAGCUGGUCCUGAGGAAGUGGAGCGAAUUGAUUCCUGGCGGAGAGUUUCGCUGCUUCGUCAAAGAAAACAAACUGAUUGCCAUCUCCCAGAGAGACUACACUCAGCACUACCAGCACGUCUUGAAGCAGGAGGAGCAGAUCCUUCACGCCAUACAGGCCUUUUUCAGCCAGCACAUCCAGUACAACUUCCUGGACGAAGACUUUGUGUUGGAUGUCUACAGAGACAGUCAGGGGAGGGUGUGGCUGAUCGACGUGAACCCGUUCGGCGAGGUGACCGACUCGCUGCUGUUCAGCUGGGAGGAGCUGACGUCCGGGGGAGAGAUCGCCCAGCUGCAGGAAGGCCCGGCGUUUCGCUGCACCACCAGCGAGGUGACGGUGCAGCCCAGUCCCUGUCUGAGCUACAGAAUCCCACGGGACUUCGUCGACCUCUCCACUGGAGAAGACGCCUACAAACUCAUCGACUUCCUAAAACUGAAGAAAAGCCAACAGGAGGAGGAGGAGGAGGAGGAAAACGCUCCAUAGUGACUCACAGGGAAAGAGCACUUAUAAGGCUUCGACUCAGCUACUCGUUACCCUCUUUCCAGUUUUAUUUCUCUGUUGGGGGGGUGGGACGAGGGGGGGCCGGCAGUGAUUAGUUGUUGUUUUUUUUUUCUUAUGGAGAGGGAACAAAUGUAAGCAAAUAUAUUCACAAACACUGUAGAGCAUCCCAGCAUUUAUACCCCUAAUAUACAAAUAUGCGUGUGUAUUAGUUUACUAAUCUUUAUUUCAGCCCAAAUAGCUGGAAAUUAAAAACUGAAUCAUACUCGGCGCACGACUCCUCGUACGCCACUGCUCGUGUGUAAAGGACAGACUUUUUUUCUAUGACCCUGAAGCCGUUCACCAGAGUCACCAUCCACACCACCCCACCCAUUGCACCUCGUCGCUCUUAUCCAGCCUUAUUAUUCCCCAUUAUGAAUCACUGUAGACUGUAAAAAUAAAUAAAAAAUCAAACACACCAU